AGCCGAAAUCCAAAAGGCGUAACCCAGAAGAACAAAAAUGGCGUCGUUGCACUCUCACAUAGAGACAGUCCUAUGGACCAAGGACGAAAUCUCCUGCCGGGUCACCGAGCUCGCCUCCGAAAUCUCUACCGAUUUCGGCGCCGCCGAUUCACCGGUCCUUGUUGGCGUUGCAACCGGCGCCUUCAUCUUCUUGGCCGACCUGGUCAGGAACAUCCAACUUCCCAUUUCCGUCGAUUUCGUUCGCGCCGAAUCCUACGGCUGCGGCACCCUCUCCAGUGGUGUCCCCAAAUUCUCUCUCGACUUGAAGGUUGAUGUCAAGGGCAAGCACGUCAUUCUGGUUGAGGACAUUGUUGACACGGGAAACACUCUGUCCUGUCUGAUUGCGUAUUUGGAAUCAAAAGGAGCAUCCUCUGUAUCAGUGUGUGCCUUACUUGACAAACCAACAAGAAGAAAGGUUCAUUUUCAGCUCGUGGGUGAAGGGAAGUUUUACCGGGGUUUUGAGUGCCCAGAUUAUUUUGUAGUUGGUUAUGGAAUGGACUUUGCAGAGUUAUAUAGGAACCUGCCUUAUGUUGGUGUCUUGAAGCCUGAAUGUUACAAGUGAUUAUAUAGGGAGCAGAAAAUAUACAAUUUAUCAGACUUUAAGUGUCUCAGUCAUAUUUUCUGAAUCAUCUUAUUCCACAAGAUGAACCAAAAUAAUUUCACAUUUUUAGAUGAUGGCCAAAUACAGUUGGAUUUUUGAUAUUAUUCAAUAGUUGCUUGAAAUACUUAUUGUUGCACUGAAGUUCAGGAAUGCUUACUGCUUACUGCAGCAGAAGUACAGAAAUAUGGCCACUAUAUAAAUACAAUGUUUUUUCCUGUACAUUAAGUACAGUAUUAAUGUUCCUUGAAUGUCUUUUCCUUUUCUGCAUAUAAAGUGUCCCAGCUGAUGAGAUUAGUUGUGGGAUUUUCAGUAUUCAAAUCAACCUCUUCUUCCAUUAUCUUGUUGAAGAAUCAUUCUUUUUAGAGAAGGCAUCAGUUUCAUUUAUUUGGAGGUAAUCUGAAUAAUCCAACGUAUCUAAACGAUGCAAGGCCUUAUACAAAAUGCAGACUUGCAUGUGAAGUUUAGAUCAAGUUUAUUUCUAUCCUGAAACAUGUUACAAACACCCAGUUAUGCAUAGAAGGAAGCUUCAAAACAACAUGGAACAUAGGUUCCAUUUCCAUUUUACCACAGGAAUUGCAUUUUACAUAUCCCUAUUACUUCCAGGUGAGUAAAGGGCGAGGAGCUUGGGCAGGGACUACAUUCCCAUUAGAAUCAUAAAUUAUGACACCAGAAAAAUCUGGUAGCUGGCACUUCCCUCCCAUAAGUAUGUUCUUCUUCCAGACCGAGAACUCUCCACUAAACAUGCUUUCUCCGCUGUUUGAUGUUCGGAUUGUUGCUUCGGUGUUGAGCUCUAUUACAGGGUCAUCGACGUCAGGAACAUAGCAUGCAACCCAACGACUAUGCCAUUUACGUGAAUGAGAAGCACACAUGAGCAGAGCAAUGGCACACACAAGAAGAGUCAUCGCUGCUAUGCAGAGUUGAAAUGUGCUUGGAAGAGUAUGCAUCAAUAGAAGCUGGCGAGCCAUGGGGGGAAACGUCUGAUGGUGGGUUAUGCCUGAGAUAGUGAGAGAAGGGGUUUAUGUAGUCUUCAUGUUGGCCAAAAUGGGGUUGUUUGGAUUAGGAAGAUUCGUUAAGAUUAUAGCUUUAGACUUUUGACCAAGUUGUAUGGUUUUGGUGAUCUCUGAUCACUGCUCCAUCUGAUGUAACUUUUACUACCAUGUAACUUUUACUAACUUUUAAACAAACGUUUCCUUUGUUUAAAGAUAAUGCAACUUCUAC